AAAGUGAUUGUCACAGAUAAGAUUUUUACACAGUGCACCAAUUAAAAUGGCAGCCUCCUUGCGGAAUGUCACUCGUUUGUUUUUACAAGAUAAACGACCGAUCUGUGCUAUAUGUGUAAGAAACUUAAGAUAUGACAGCAAGUUUGUAGAGAGUACAAAAACUCUGGAAGCUUUAAAGGAACCACUAGCAGAAGAUGAUAGUCGUCGAUUCAAUAAGAUAAAAGCUGCACUAACAGACGACAACACAUUCACAGAUUUUGAUCCAGUUGUACAAAAGUUUACAAAUAUGGUGAUGGAAAGUGGACACAAAGUAGUAGCAAGAACUAUUGUUGCCAAGGCAUUUGAGAAUGUGAAAAGAGCACAAUUAGAAAGAUAUCAUAAGGCAAGUGAGGAAGAGAAAAGUACAAUAGAACUUGAUCCAGUUAUUGUGUUCCGUCAAGCUGUAGAAAACGGCAAACCUUUACUCAUCACAAAAAAAGUUUUGAAAGGUGGUCAGUCUUAUCAGGUUCCAAUAGCAGCAUCAGCAGCCAGGCAGAAUUUCUUAAGUUUGACAUGGUUGAUUGAAGUUUCAAAAGAAAAAGAUAGGUCAGUGCGCUUUUAUGACAAACUUGGCGAAGAAAUUGUGGCAGCUUAUUACAAUAAAGGUGGUUUAAUCAAGAAGAAACAAGAUAUGCACAAACUUUGUGAAACAAAUAAAGCCUUUGCACAUCUUGCAGGCUGAUUUUAAUGCUGUGUGAUACUUUUUGUUUACUUCUGAAAUGCCUCAUAGGAGGUAAUGAUUGUUUUUAUUUGCUAAAGAUAUUCACAACACAAUUUUCCUUGAAACAGACAAUAUGAUUUCUUUGAAUCAGACUACAUAUAUGAAUUGGUCAGGAUGAUGGUGAUGAUGGAUAUAAGUCUGACUGAUGGAUCUUGUUAUAUUUAUUUCACUGUUAUAGGUGUAACUGACAUCUUAAACAUUUUUUUGUAUUAAGAAUGAUGUUUUUGGUACAUCUACUGAGAAAUUCUGUUUUACUAAAACAUUAGUAUGAGUACAAUUGUUCAGACAGCUGGAAAAUUCAGUUGAAAACAUUGGAAAUGAAGUAAAGUUUUUAGCUGCGAGCUUGACUUACAAUUAAGCACAAGCUGGACCUUAUUACUGUUUCUGGCAUUUUUUAGCAGGUCAAUUUAGGCAUCUGUAUUUUUAUUGCCAUGUGAUACCUAAGAAUAUUAAAUGGUUGAAAACCUGA